UGGCUGUUGAGGCGCAGAGCGGAUGGAUGCGGCCGCGGCAGCCCGCAGCAGCGCACCAGAGCCGGCCACACAUCACCGCGUCAUGACGGAGCGAGGACGGAUCCGUGGAUCUGGCCGCUGAGGACGGACAGGGCUGCGUGUCUGCUCGCCUGGAUAUCGCUUUCAUGGACGAACAGCGAGGCUUUUACGAUAUGGAGAACCCGGCAGAGAACCCCAGCAAAGCGGCGGAGUAUCUCAAAGAGCUGAAUAAAAUAAUCGAGACCCAGCAGGGGCUUCUGGAGAAACAGAGGGUCCGGAUCGAGGAGCUGGAGCUCCAGGUGACGGAUCUGUGCACGGAAAACGCCUGUCUGAAGGACCAGCACCAGCGGCACCUGGUCACCUGCAGACUCCAGCAGGGGAACCACGGCACGCUGGGGGGCAUCAAGGAGAACGUGGUGCAGGAGAGUCCUGCGAUAGACGGGUAACCUGUACAGGGUGGACUCCUUCUCACCCAGUGUCGGCUGGGACGAGCUCUGGUCCCCAGUGACCCUGAGCAGGCUGAAGUGGGAACAGAAAAUGGAUGGAUGAGA